AUGACGUUUGAAGCUGACUCAGUGUCAGAAAAAUGCGAUCAGAGGCUUGUUGACCGUGAAAACCCUUUAGAAUUAAUGCCAGAGGAGGAGAUUUUCAAAAGAUACCGUUUCCGCCCGGCCACAAUUUUGUCGAUAGUGAAUCUACUUAGACAAUCCCUUGAGAGAGAUACUCUGCGAAGCUGUGCCCUCACCCCCCUUCUGCAAGUUUUGGCCACGCUAAGAUUUCUCGCCACAGGAGGUUUUUAUUCCUUAGUGGCCGAUACAUUUGACAGCCUGUCCCCAUCCACUGUGUGCAGGGCGGUUAAGGAUGUGUGCCAUGGUUUGUGUCAGGUGUCGAGACAAUUUAUAAGGAUGCCGGCAAGAAACGCAGCUGAUGAAGUUAAAAAGCAGUUCUAUUCCAUAGCAGGUUUUCCAAAUGUCCUCGGUUGUGUUGAUGGUACCUACAUCAAAAUUCAGGCACCUUCAGAGAAUGAGCCAGAUUAUUUGAACAGAAAAGGGUACCAUUCUCUGAAUGUACAGAUGAUCUCCGAUGGUAAAUUCCGGAUUUUGAACUGUGUUGCCAAGUGGCCCGGAAGUGUACAUGACAGCCGGAUUUUCCGAGACAGUCAUAUAAGCAUUGCCUUUGAAAAUGGACAGUAUCCAGGACUACUCUUGGGGGACUCUGGUUACCCGUGCAAACCCCACCUUAUGACACCAUACCCUGUUCCUUCAAAUGAUGCAGAAGCAAGAUUCAACAACGCUCACGCUAAAACCAGAGUUGUCAUUGAGCAAACCUUUGGAAUCUUGAAGAAGAGGUUUGCGUGCCUCCAUAGCGGUUUGGGAACAACUCCUGAAAAGGCAUGCGAUAUUACUUUGGCAUGCGCAGUUUUACACAACAUCGGAAUCGAUCGUAAUGACAUACUGUAUAUUGAUGAUGGUGUAUAUGUCAACCAGGGGGAUGUUAAUCUUAAUGUAAGGGAUCAGUGGGACGGCAAAGAUAGUCUAGAAAUCAUCAUACUCAUAGACUAG